GCUGGGGGGCUGGAAACAGACUUAAUUGAGCAAGUAGAGAAGCCUUGUGAUUGGCCCAGAGGAAGAUCAAUGGAAUGUGAGAUCUGUGGAGAGGUUCCAGAAGCGACAGAAGUUCAUCCGAGAAAGUUUGAUGAUACAUAUAGAUUGGAGCUGCCGUAUGAAGGUCGGUUCCGCUGCUCAGAAACAGGAAUACAGUUCUGUGUGGAAUCCCCAACCUUUAUUGAAUUUGAGCUCAGUUCCUGGGAAGAAUAUUUAGGAUAUUUGGAGCAAUAUUUAUAUCACAUUGUCGGCCCUCUGUUCAACAUCACAAUAAGAUACGGGCGGGUAUCAGCGGUGUAUCUGCCUCACUACGUGUGUCUGAGGGGGGGGCAGGUUGAUACUAAGCGGUUCAGAGUGGCACAUUACAAACAUGGGAAUAUGGUACUGGAGACCCCGGCAGCAGUUCAGCCAUUUUAUGUUGUACUCAAAGAACCGACCUUCUCCCCAAUUGGGGUCGUUAUGAUGAGGACUUUACCCGGCAUAUUUAGGAAAAAAAUCCCGACUCACGGAGCCAUCCUUAUAUACUGCCGAUACAUCACCGGUUAUACCCUCCACCUGUACUUGGUGCCACAGGACCCCUCGUUACUAAAGGAGCUGCACAAGAAGGAGGAUGGAAGCGGAUUUUCCUGGGUUGCCAAACCCCCUCAGACAAACACUGUGUAUAGUAGGAGACGGUAUUUUGUGGGAGGGCCCGAGACUGCGAGAAUAAACCCAAGGGAUCUAAAGCUGAGAUUUCAUGACAACCCAAGCAUGUACCCUUACAGUGAGAUCUACCUGCUGGAUGUGACUGACGAGAUCUCAUUGACUGUGAGGUGCACACAGAGCCAAAGCGCCAUUUGGGAUGUUCUACUGAGGAGAGAGGAUUUAGGAUCAAGGAGCAGACCCGUGACCAAAGCGGCUUCUUACGGGCAGCACUUUGUUGAUAGACACCGGGAGGCGCUGAUCAGCAGAACUUCCAAUAUUGACCCAGUUCUGGAUUAUCUCCUGUCUGAUUUCAUCCUGACCCAGGAACAGUACGACACAGUCCGGAGCAAGGGAACCCCCCAGGAGAGGAUGAGGCAGCUCUAUGCCCAUGUCAGGGCCUGGGGGGAUCCGGAGAAACAUGAACUGUACCAGGCACUGAAGUCUCACAACAGAGCUCUCAUCAGGGACCUACAGUGCAGCCCAAGCCCCCAGUGAUCUGAUCAACUGCACUGGGAAUGUAUGGGGAUCCCCACGCAUUGAAUCCUGGGAACCUUUGCUCAUUUACUGCACUAAAGCCAUUUGUGCUGAUACUUUCCUCUCUGUAACUUGUUACCUUUGCUUAAGGCAGUGCUGUCCAACUGGCGGCCCGCGACCCCCCUCUGUGUGGCCCCCCACCUGUCUGGCUGCUUU